GCGUGCCCCGCCUCCCUUCGCCGCCGCCGCCGCCGGGCGGGGACCCGACAGGAGCGGAGCGGAGCGCCAUGGGCCGCGCGGGCUCGCACCCCGCCUCCGCCCGGCUGCUGCUGCUGCUGGUGCUGCUCCGGGCCGAGCGGCUGCCGGGCGCCGAGCUCACCUUCGAGCUGCCCGACAGCGCCAAGCAGUGCUUCCACGAGGACGUGGAGCGGGGCGCCAGGUUCUCCCUGGACUACCAGGUCAUCACCGGAGGCCACUACGACGUGGACUGCUACGUGGAGGACCCCCUGGGGAACACCAUCUACCGGGAGACCAAGAAGCAGUAUGACAGCUUCACGCACCAGGCUGAGGUCAAGGGCGUUUAUCAGUUUUGCUUCAGUAAUGAGUUUUCCACCUUCUCUCACAAGACCGUCUACUUUGACUUUCAAGUGGGCGACGAGCCCCCCAUUCUCCCAGACAUGGGGAACAGGGUCACAGCUCUCACCCAGAUGGAGUCCGCCUGUGUGACCAUCCACGAGGCCCUGAAGACGGUUAUUGACUCCCAGACGCAUUACCGGCUCCGCGAGGCGCAGGACCGGGCCCGGGCCGAAGACCUCAGCAGCCGGGUCUCGUGCUGGUCCGUCGGCGAGGUGAUCGCCCUGCUGGUGGUCAGUUUCAGCCAGGUGCUGCUGCUGAAGGCCUUCUUCACGGAGAAGCGAGCCAGCCCGCAGGCGCUGCACUCCUAGGCCCCGGCUCCUGCCCCCAGGCCCCUGCUGGGCCCGAGGGCCACCCUGGGGUGGGGCUGAGCCCCUGGGGUGGUACCCAGCUGCUUACUCCUCGAGCCCUGCGGCCGGCGAUCUGGAGGCAGCUAGCCGCAUUAUGUGGGUCACACCGAGAAAAGCGGACAGUCAGGCCCUGACUGUGGGGGGCCCGGGGUCUGGCCGCAGGGGAAGCCUAGGUGCCCCGGCCUCGUGGGGCGGCUACCUCUGCUCCACGGUGCAUGGGUCGUUGGGCUCGGGUGUGUCCCGCCCUCUGUGGAGGAGCGGGGGGCAGUCGGCUGGCUUGUCUCCUGGAGCUCUCUAUCUGCCGGAGACGCGCCCCGAAGCGGCUUUGCAGAGAGGUGGCGUCCUCCGUGGAGGGUGCCCGUGGUGAGCCGUGUGUCUCCCGGAGGCAGCACUCUGGUUAAUAAAAGCUAAGCAGGAGCAC